GAGAGAGAGAAGCAAAAGGAGAGAGGUAAGAUGGCUAUCGCGGGGAUUAUAAAGGCCGUAGUUAAAAGUUGCUUCGACUAUCAGGGGACUGACCGGCCGGAGACGAAGUCGAGCGUUAUUGCAAGACGCUCUCGUUUCGUGUGAACUGCGAAAAGUUUGAAAAACAUUCGAUAAACCUUUAGAACUAGCUGAAAUUCGAGAGAAAGAGACGAUCGAUCGUGAAUCACUUCCGAUCGGUUAUUUAGAUCUUACUCCUAUUUAAAAUGACCGUACAUGUUUGGAACGAAGAAGAUGACAACGACUUUGACAUAGUGAUCAUUGGUGCUGGUUUAACGGGACUUAGCACAGCGUACAAUAUACUUAGAAGAAAACCCGCUUUAAGUAUACUGAUCAUCGAAGGAACCGAUAAAGCCGGAGGACGCAUUUUAUCACAGAAUUACAGCGAGAGCUUUUACGCCAGUCUCUUGCAAGAACGCGUCACUCAACUUAUCCAUAGACUGAACAUAAAUACUUGCCCGAGACAGAGCACAGAUGGAAAAAGAGUGUUUUUUACGAAAAAUGAUCCCGUAGAAAAUUUUCCAAGCUUAUUCGCAGCUGAAAUUCGCUACUUUAUUCAAGUUGUAAUUAUUUAUUUGGAUCAUUGAUUUUCAGAAAUAAUAUUCUUAGA